GUAAUUCUGAAUGAUCCCUAGUGCAAACACAUCCUAAUGCAUAUCGUUUCUGAAUGGCAUGCAGUGAUUUACACUCUUCACGCGUCAGUUUAGCUGAAGCUCAGCGCGUCAGACGCGCGCUCCUCGGUGAUCAGCAGAAUUAUUGCAGCGCGCAGGCGUGAUCCAGUCUGAGCCGCGCGAGCUGGAGGCCAGUCGCUCGUGCAGCGCGUCUCUUCCGUCUCCUGAGCUCCACCUCUCCCGCCGGACAUGCCCUCCGGACCCCGGCGACGCUCCACGCCUCUGUCCGGCGCGUAAAUGGACCUCCCGCCAUGGACGAAACGCCGUUCCAGAAAAUCAAGACGCGGCGCAGGAGGAGCCACUGCCCGCCGGGGGUCAUCGCCUGUGAGGACGAGUUCGACUGCAAGGAGCUCGAGUCGCUCUUCCGCAGCUACAGCCUGAAGCUGGAGCAGACGCGCACGCUGACGGCGCUGACGGUGCUCGCGUUGCUGGCGUCCAGCCUCAGCCUGCUGGAGCUGCUGCUGUCCGGCGCCAGCCUCACCGUCGCCAAGGGCUCGUACCCGGUGCACUCCGUCGUCUUCGUCUCGCUCUUCAUCGUCACCAACGUCAAGUACCUGCGGGCGAGCCAGCUGCAGCAGAUCGCGCACCUGAGUCUGCUCUUCUGCUUCAGCUUCUCGCUGCUGUGCUGCCCGUUCGCCGCGGCUCCGGAGCACGGCGUGUGGCAGCUGCUGCUGCUGACGUUCGUGGCGUACCUGGUUGCGAACACGCUGCUCUUCACCGGAGUGAAUCUGUCGGGUCUGUUUGUUCGGAUCCUGAUGGAGAGAGCGCAGCGCAAAGCCUUCCUGCAGGCCCGAGACUGCCUCGAGGAGAAACUGCGCAUGGAGGACGAGAACGAGAAACAGGAGCGUCUGCUGAUGAGUCUGCUGCCCAGAAACGUGGCCAUGGAGAUGAAGGAGGACUUCCUGAAACCCCCAGAGAGGAUCUUCCACAAGAUCUACAUCCAGCGGCACGACAACGUCAGUAUUCUGUUCGCGGAUAUCGUGGGCUUCACGAGUCUGGCGUCGCAGUGCACGGCGCAGGAGCUCGUUAAACUCCUCAACGAGCUCUUCGGCAAGUUUGACGAGCUCGCCACGGAGAAUCACUGCCGGCGGAUCAAGAUUCUGGGCGACUGCUACUACUGUGUGUCUGGCCUGACGCAGCCCAAGACGGAUCACGCUCACUGCUGCGUGGAGAUGGGUCUGGACAUGAUCGACACCAUCACGUCGGUGGCUGAAGCUACAGAGGUGGAUCUGAACAUGCGUGUGGGUCUGCACACGGGAAGGGUGCUCUGUGGCGUGUUGGGCCUCAGAAAGUGGCAGUAUGACGUGUGGUCCAACGACGUGACGCUGGCCAACGUGAUGGAGGCUGGAGGACUGCCAGGGAAGGUGCACAUCACUCGCGCCACGCUGGAGUGUCUAAAUGGAAAUUACGAGGUGGAGCCGGGAAACGGCCGCGAGAGACACUCGUUCCUGCUCAAACAUGACAUCGAGACCUUCUUCAUAGUGCCAUCUCACCGCAGGAAGAUUAUUCCUGGUCUGAUCCUGUCAGACAUCAAACCUGCCAAAAAGAUGAAGUUUAAGACGGUGUGUUACUUGCUGGUGCAGCUCAUGCACUGCCGCAAGAUGUUCAAGGCUGAGAUUCCCUUCUCCAACGUCAUGAACUGUGAGGAUGGGGACAAGAGGAGGGUGCUGCGCUCGGCGCCGGAGAAGCUGAGGAACCGUACCUCCACGGCGGCUAACGUGACCCAGAGCAGCCCGGGGACACGGGUCAACCGCUACAUCAGCCGUCUGAUCGAGGCCCGGCAGACGGAGUCCGACACGGCCGACCUGCACUACCUCACGCUCACCUACAGAGACUCAGAGCGAGAGCGCAGGUAUCAUCAGCUGAAUGACGAGUACUUCACCGGUGCUGUGCUUCUGUCUCUCGUCCUCACGGCUCUGAUCGGCAUCCUCUACCUGCUCAUCAUGCCACAGGGGACGCUCGUGUUGGUGUUGCUGGUCUUCUGCAUCUGUUUCCUGGUCGUGUGUAUCAUGUACCUGCACAUCUCUAGAGUUCAGUGUUUUCCAGGGUGCCUCAGCAUACAGAUCCGGACCGUCCUGUGUGUGUUCAUAGUGCUCUUAAUAUACGCCGUGGCCCAGGCCUGUGUGGUGGGCUGCAUGCCGUGGCUCUGGCCGACUGACUCCACGCGCUCCAUCGUGAUCAUCGACGUGUCCGCAGGCCUGAACCGCACCAUGGCUGAGCUGCCGUGUGAAGGAGCGCAAUACGCCUUUCUGUGCUGCAUGCUGGGGACGCUGACCGUGGCGCUGUUCCUGCGAGUGUCCUGGCUGUCUAAACUCCUGCUGCUGCUGCUGCUGCUGGUGCUGUACAUCACCGUGCUGGAGCUCAGCGGAUUCAGACGCUCCUCGGGGACGGUGUUGAUGAGCGCUCGUGGUCUGGAGCCCGUCCUCUCUCUGCUGAUGUUCUUCACCACUCUGGCCCUUCACUCCAGACAGAUGGAGCUCAAGCUGCGCCUGGACUUCCACUGGGCCACUCAGGCGGAGGAGGAGAGAGACGGCAUGGAGAAAGUCAAACUGGACAACAAGAGGAUCCUGUUUAACCUGCUGCCGGUUCAUGUGGCUCAACACUUUCUGCUGUCUAACCCCAGAAACAUGGAUCUGUAUUACCAGUCCUACGCUCAGGUUGGGGUGCUGUUCGCUUCCAUUCCCAACUUUAAUGACUUCUAUAUCGAGCUGGACGGAAACAACAUGGGCGUCGAGUGCCUGCGACUGCUCAACGAGAUCAUCGCCGACUUCGACGAGCUGAUGGACAAAGAGUGUUAUAAAGACAUUGAGAAGAUCAAGACCAUCGGCAGCACGUACAUGGCAGCAGUGGGUUUGGUGCCCACCAUCGGAACCAAGGCAAAGAGAUCCCCUGCGGAGCACCUGAGCACCAUCGCAGACUUCGCCAUCGAGAUGUUUGACGUUCUGGAUGAAAUCAACUAUCAGUCAUAUAACGACUUCGUCUUGAGAGUGGGUAUUAAUGUGGGUCCGGUGGUGGCCGGGGUCAUCGGGGCCCGCCGGCCGCAGUAUGAUAUCUGGGGAAACACGGUGAACGUGGCCAGCCGCAUGGACAGCACCGGAGUGCCUGGGAAGAUACAGGUGACGGAGGAAGCGUACCGUCUGCUUCAGAGCGACUAUGAUCUGGUGUGUCGUGGCAAUGUCAGCGUGAAGGGCAAAGGUCAGAUGCUCACAUAUUUCCUGGAGGGUAAAGCGCAGGACCCAGGGAGCCGAGCGCUGCAUCACACCGGCGUCCUGGAGCGCAGGGUUCACGCUAUCGCCCGCUCCAGCAGCACACACACCAAAGCCGGCAGCACCGCGUCCAUGGCCUCGGGGCUCGCCGCCCGGGUCGCUCAGGGCUCGCGGAGCACCGCCGCUAACGUGCCUACGCUAGGAGAAGAGCAGGAGGUCAGAGGGGGGGAGAUGUAGGACCAAUCGCACACUACAUUAUGAAAGAAUGAACCGUCUUCCCUUUAUUCACCUUCUCUGCUCCAGCUGUGAGCGGAUCUUCACUGCACGCUCCUUCAGAGACAUCACAUCAGUUCCUCCUGGAUGAACUGCAUUUCUUUCCCUCGUGAAUCAUGAAAUUACUGGUGUGUCUGUGAAAGCCGGUUCAAGUCGACAUCCAUGGAUUCCCAAAGGAUUCUGUCUCGCUGCAGGAACACCCAGACACUUCCAUAAUGUACUUAAAGUGCUCAUUUUGUACUUAAUAUACUACAAAUGA